AUGGGGCUGUUAUUUGGCAACAGUAUUCCUCCCGUUAUCAGCGUUAGCGUGUCUUACAUGGCAUCUAAAGCCAUGUCAGUGUGGUCAGGUGAGCGAGGCGAGGAGCUGUGUGUAGGCGCGGAGCUUCACGCCCACUGUCACGUCUGGUCGCCAGCACGCCCACUGUCACGUCUGGUCGCCAGCACGCCCACUGUCACGUGCGGUCGCCAGCACGCCCACUGUCCCGUGCGGUCGCCAGCACGCCCACUGUCCCGUCUGGUCACCAGCACGCCCACUGUCACGUGCGGUCGCCAGCACGCCCACUGUCCCGUCUGGUCACCAGCACGCCCACUGUCACGUCUGGUCACCAGCACGCCCACUGUCACGUCUGGUCACCAGCACGCCCACUGUCACGUCUGGUCACCAGCACGCCCACUGUCACGUCUGGUCGCCAGCACGCCCACUGUCACGUCUGGUCGCCAGCACGCCCACUGUCACGUCUGGUCACCAGCACGCCCACUGUCCCGUCUGGUCACCAGCACGCCCACUGUCACGUCUGGUCACCAGCACGCCCACUGUCACGUCUGGUCGCCAGCACGCCCACGGUCACGUGCGGUCACCAACACGCCCACUGUCACGUCUGGUCGCCAGCACGCCCACUGUCACGUCUGGUCGCCAGCACGCCCACUGUCACGUCUGGUCACCAGCACGCCCACUCACGUGCGGUCACCAGCACGCCCACUGUCACGUCUGGUCACCAGCACGCCCACUGUCACGUGCGGCCACCAGCACGCCCACUGUCACGUGCGGUCACCAGCACGCCCACUGUCACGUCUGGUCACCAGCACGCCCACUGUCACGUCUGGUCACCAGCACGCCCACUGUCACGUCUGGUCGCCAGCACGCCCACUGUCACGUGCGGUCACCAGCACGCCCACUGUCACGUCUGGUCACCAGCACGCCCACUGUCACGUGCGGUCACCAGCACGCCCACUGUCACGUCUGGUCACCAGCACGCCCACUGUCACGUGCGGUCACCAGCACGCCCACUGUCCCGUCUGGUCACCAGCACGCCCACUGUCACGUGCGGUCACCAGCACGCCCACUGUCACGUGCGGUCACCAGCACGCCCACUGUCACGUGCGGUCACCAGCACGCCCACUGUCACGUGCGGUCACCAGCACGCCCACUGUCACGUCUGGUCACCAGCACGCCCACUGUCACGUGCGGUCACCAGCACGCCCACUGUCACGUCUGGUCACCAGCACGCCCACUGUCACGUGCGGUCACCAGCACGCCCACUGUCCCGUCUGGUCACCAGCACGCCCACUGUCACGUGCGGUCACCAGCACGCCCACUGUCACGUCUGGUCACCAGCACGCCCACUGUCACGUCUGGUCACCAGCACGCCCACUGUCACGUGCGGUCACCAGCACGCCCACUGUCACGUGCGGUCACCAGCACGCCCACUGUCACGUGCGGUCACCAGCACGCCCACUGUCACGUCUGGUCACCAGCACGCCCACUGUCACGUGCGGUCAAGAGCACGCCCACUGUCACGUCUGGUCACCAGCACGCCCACUGUCACGUGCGGUCACCAGCACGCCCACUGUCACGUGCGGUCACCAGCACGCCCACUGUCACGUGCGGUCACCAGCACGCCCACUGUCACGUCUGGUCACCAGCACGCCCACUGUCACGUGCGGUCACCAGCACGCCCACUGUCACGUCUGGUCACCAGCACGCCCACUGUCCCGUCUGGUCACCAGCACGCCCACUGUCCCGUCUGGUCACCAGCACGCCCACUGUCACGUGCGGUCACCAGCACGCCCACUGUCACGUCUGGUCACCAGCACGCCCACUGUCCCGUCUGGUCACCAGCACGCCCACUGUCACGUCUGGUCACCAGCACGCCCACUGUCACGUCUGGUCACCAGCACGCCCACUGUCACGUGCGGUCACCAGCACGCCCACUGUCACGUGCGGUCACCAGCACGCCCACUGUCACGUCUGGUCACCAGCACGCCCACUGUCACGUCUGGUCACCAGCACGCCCACUGUCACGUCUGGUCACCAGCACGCCCACUGUCACGUGCGGUCACCAGCACGCCCACUGUCACGUCUGGUCACCAGCACGCCCACUGUCACGUCUGGUCACCAGCACGCCCACUGUCACGUCUGGUCACCAGCACGCCCACUGUCACGUCUGGUCACCAGCACGCCCACUGUCACGUCUGGUCACCAGCACGCCCACUGUCACGUCUGGUCACCAGCACGCCCACUGUCACGUCUGGUCACCAGCACGCCCACUGUCACGUGCGGUCACCAGCACGCCCACUGUCACGUCUGGUCACCAGCACGCCCACUGUCACGUCUGGUCACCAGCACGCCCACUGUCACGUGCGGUCACCAGCACGCCCACUGUCACGUCUGGUCACCAGCACGCCCACUGUCACGUGCGGUCACCAGCACGCCCACUGUCCCGUCUGGUCACCAGCACGCCCACUGUCACGUCUGGUCACCAGCACGCCCACUGUCACGUGCGGUCACCAGCACGCCCACUGUCACGUGCGGUCACCAGCACGCCCACUGUCACGUCUGGUCACCAGCACGCCCACUGUCACGUGCGGUCACCAGCACGCCCACUACCUGUAUGAGCAGGUGAAGUAG